AUGGAUCGUGUAGAGAUAUCUGAAAGCGUCCAUGUAACUGAUGAAAAGCGAGUUUCGCCGGAAUCUGUCAGUAUGGUUGAAGAAGAAAGCUCUAAGGGGAUGCAAGAAUUCAGAGCACUUCAAGCGAAAUUACUCCGCAAUGAAAUUUGGCCUGAGAGUCUGAAAAGCGGUUCUGAAAAAGAAGGGUAUGGCAAGGACGUGAAUGAGGUUUCUUCGCUGGAGCGCACCAAUGAUGGUCGACCGAGCAUGGGUUUGAAUCGUAGUGAGCUAUGCGACAGUUUGUCAACGUCCAUAAUACAACUGAUGACGGACUCAGCAUCACCACGACGUCGUUCAUUAUCGCAGAUAGCGCGCCGCUAUGAGUUAAGCGAAUCCCUGUUAGAGGAUUCUAUCAGUUCCUCGUCGAAGUCGCCACGUGCUCCCAAAGAACGAUUUACAACUAAAAUGCCUGCUUCAAUUUCACCUCGAGCGAAAGCACUACUGGAGGAAGGUCUAGACUAUUCAUUGGCGGAAACGAUCGUGAAAUCUGAAGCGGCGAAAGCAAUCACGGAUGAGAAAAUACGUGAAAUUGAUGAAAUGAUGGGUAAGCUGUAG